UUGCUGAAAGACAAUGGGGGCCUUUAUAAUGGAGGCGAGGAGGGAUGGCUGCGUUUCUUUUCGUUCGACAGACAAGGCCUCCCUCUCUUGUUCCCUCUUUUUUUUCGUGCGGUACUUAUCAUGUCCGACCCAACUUACCCGCUCUUUACCGUCUUUGCGUUCUUUGGGUUCAUCCUCCCUCUCAUCCCUUUGCCAUGGCACCUCCUCGCGUACAAUUCGGGGACGUGUUACUUUAUUAUGUGGUCUUCCAUCGCUAGCCUCAAUCAGUUUGUGAAUUCCAUCGUCUGGAAGGGGAAUGUGACGAACUGGGCACCGAUAUGGUGCGAUAUAUCCAUCCGCAUCAUGAUUGGUGCUUCUGUUGGUAUUCCAGCUUCGUCUUUAUGCAUCAACCGACGUCUGUACCAUAUCGCCAGUGUGCGUGCCGUAUCGGUUACGCGUGCAGAGAAACGCCGUGCCAUUCUCAUCGACACUCUCAUCUGCGUUCUGUUUCCCGUGCUCUUUAUUGCCCUACAAUAUGUCAUCCAAGGACAUCGAUUCAAUCUAUAUGAAGAUGUCGGGUGCUAUCCCGCCUUGUACAACACCGCUCUCGCCUAUGUCCUCAAUAGCAUGUGGCCGGUCAUCCUCGGGCUCAUUUCCGCCACUUACUGCAUUCUAACCCUCCGAGCAUUCAACCGCCGACGCGUGGAAUUCAGCCAAUUCCUCUCCACGAACAAAUCCCUCACACUCGGACGCUACUUUCGGCUCAUGGCGCUCGCAACGACGGAAAUCUGCUGCACGACCCCUCUAGGGAUUGCUAUGAUCAUCAUCAGUGCCACUGCGACACCCGUGGGUCCCUGGCGCAGCUGGGCGGACACGCAUUAUAAUUUCGGUGCAGUCAGGCAGAUUCCCGCCCUGUUUUGGCGCGCGAGCCCUUUGGUUGUUGCCGGUAUCGAGGCGACGCGGUGGGUAACGGUUCUGGCUUCAUGGGUAUUCUUUGCCUUCUUUGGGUUCGCGAGCGAGGCGAGGAAACACUAUGCCAAAACGUUCUGGGCUGUCGUGGGCCUAUUUGGCGUAGAGAAACCUCAGCCGCAGAUCAAGAACAAGAUGAUGCCGAUGAGCAUAAAUGUUCAUACCAAGUCUUCACAAUCGGGCAAACCGCGUCCGCCUACUCCCUCGAGUCCUCCGCCGUACUCACCUGGAUCUACGCUGGACACAAAGGUGCCGGAGUACGAUGACUUGGAGUUGGAUAUGAAAAAAAUGCCGCCUUCUCCUUCGGGCAAGUCGAUAUGCGGGUCAAUGACUGCCGGAGGUACCUCGAUAUGUAAUUUAUCGACUGUGGGUUCUACGGCAUCCCUCGUUGGGGAGGUGUCCUCAACUGUGGGAGAGACGAAUUCUCUACAUUCUUAUACAAGUGAACGGCAUCCCAGAUUCCAUGCUAUAUAGUUUCAAUACCAAUGCAAUGUACUUCUAUGCAGAUAUAACUUCGAUCUUCUUUCAAUGUAUUGCGUACCUACAAUAAGUUGUUUUUCGCUUCAAAUAUAUCAAUCAAUG